AAAGGUUAAGAAAGAAAUGGGUUAUCAUCUAAUUAGUCGUGAGACUUCUUGUCAAAAGAUACGAACAAGGGAGGCCUAGAAAUUGAAGUUGCAACGUGAAAAUAGAUCUUGACAUUAUGUAGUUGGCCUUGAAAAUAAGAUUGUGCUUUCCCCAAUUCAUCUCUUAGACAUAUGAUAUUGUGCUGUUGGUUUUGUACUUUGGCAGGUUUGGUAAAUGGGAGAGUUCAUUUCGUAAGAUGAACAGUUAUACCUAGAUAUUCUGCCUAACUGAUUAGAUGCUUUGGCAUAUAAUAGGGUGAGUUCAUUCUACAAGAUACUAUAAUCUUGGUGGAAAGAGGCAAUCUAACACUCAUAUUAGAUUCCACUGAAGGCUUUGUGAAGGUGCAACCUUGACGAGAUUCCUGUGAAGACAAUGGAUGACAUGGUCCCUGGAUCUCAAAGUAGGUACCGUCAUAGGAAUGAGGGUCGCUCAGUAUCUGAUUCGGGCCAAGCACGCAGCUUUUCGCUGCCAGCAACCCAUGAAUAUUUUCUUAGUGGAUCUGCAGGUAGCAUGGCUUAUUCCUCGCCAUCAAACAGCACAAUGGCUGGACUUAUGCGGUCACAGGUUCCUAAUGACAUGGAGAACGUAGUGUUGCCAACUAAUACGCAGAGCCAUCAUUUUGGUUGGAACGUGCCUCCAGGAUAUUGGGGUGGUUUCCAGGACCGAAGAAUUCAAGCACCAGCAGAAGAUACAAGUAGAACUUUGCCGUCGCAUUCUCAUGGCAUUCCAAUUUCUGGCAGUGAUAUUGUGGGAGCUAGAACUUGGCUUGGUCACUCUCCUUCGCUGCAACUUGGGCAAAGCUAUCUCGACGUGGCCGGUAAUGUGCCGAUGGGAUGCAUGAGCAACACAAACGCCGGACAGAAUGCAUUUCAGCUGGACGGUUCAGCUGGUGAUCGCCACUGGAGAGAGUACGGUGUCAUGCCCAGUUUAUACCAGCCCUGGAGCUAUCAAAAUCAAUCAACUGAUGGAGGAUUUCUGAGUGCUAGUCUUGGAAAUAAUACACUUCUUGGAACUUGGUUUCAUGAUCAGAGAGGAGAUGUGGGUGGCCACAGUUAUCAAACCAUUGCUCCUCAUCUUGAUGCGGGUUUGCUGGAAACUGGGUUAGGAGGCAACUGGACAGGAGGAUAUCAAUCUCAUAAUAAUAAUAAUAAUCCCGGAGUAGAUAAUAUAUAUUCUCAUGGGACCAUGUUGGAUGACGGCGGACAAGCCAGCGAGCAGACUGCACCGUAUGCGUACGACAGGAUUGCGGAAGAUGCUGUCAGAGGAGCUUACGAAUUUGAUUACUGGAUAGCGCAUGGGCGUCCGCCGUCGCCGGCCGCGCACGCUAGUUCUUCUGCGCCGCCCAUCCCUUAUGGCAGCUCGCCGGAACCUCAAGAACAAGGGCAAAGUAUCGAACAGGGUGUGCCAACGGCUAAUUAUCCUUGGCUUCUGCCAAAAGCGUCACCAAGUUUCCAAAGGCAGACUCGGGAUCUGAUGUUUUCUCCUUAUAAUGAGGCAGGAGGGGCUCGUAGCUUUCAAAGUUACUAUGAUCAAACUAUUAGCGACCAGGCUGUUCUACGAGACCCAACUAAAAGCGGCCAAGGAUCCUGGUUUCCAGCAUGUGCAGGCCAAGUCGCCGGAGCUGACGCUGGUGGUAGCAGUUCCAGUGCUUUCCCGAAGCCUAUAAGAGUAACACCAACUGGGUCUUCUCCCAGGGCUAUCCCUCCUCAUUUUGCCACAGGGCAUCGAGACCAACCGGUCAUAAUUGAUGACAAAGAAGAACCCUUUUUACUUUUCGGAAGGCCACUACUUCCUCAGAGGUCUGCUAAGCAAGCCAGCUCUAGCAGACGAUUAAAGCGAAGGCAUGACCAGAGUGACCUCACACCAUCUGACCUGCAGCUACCGCUCCGACACACCAGGAUCAGAGCGGACUCCGGAGAUGAUAUGCCUGAACUGCUAGGCUAUAAGUGUCAGCUCUGCAACAUGGACCUAGCACUCAAGCCAACGGGGUCCAGUAAUGAUGCGGUUCCGGUGCAUGUAGUCUUACCAUGUGGUCAUUCCUAUCAUAGUAGUUGCUUUGAAGAAGUACAUGGUUUCGUAGGCAGAAAUGAAAAUCCUCCAUGCGUUUGCUGUUCCGAGGGUGGAGCGGAAAGGAGGAACUAAACUCCCAUCAUCUGGCUCUUCUUCUUACUUCUGAAGGAGCAUACAUCAAGGUCGGUUUGCAAACAUGUGGUGAUCAUAUUUGUGCUGAAGGAAUCUUUUUUCUUCAGAAAUUCUUAGUUUUCUGCAGUAGUUUAGUUUCAUCAGUUCAUAGAGAUGGAUUUGGCUCAAUUUGUAUUAUAAUAAUGAUGUCAGGAGUCAUCCAAGUUUGCAAAAGCUGAAGCUUUCUUCUCCAACAUUAAUUUACUGUAUUGUUAAAUUGACCUGGAAAGACAUAUUGCUGCUUUAUGUUGUUGGUUUUUCACAUGCAUACGUCGAUCUGUUUCAAUGACGGAGACUCCCUCAAUUGAAGAACAAGCCAUCAGUGGAGUAACCAUAUCCAUAACUA